CCGGCGGCGUCAGUCGUUGCCGUGACAUCGCGUCGUAUACUUUAUCGUUGUUCGUUCUUGACGACGAUCGAAUCAUCACACGUUUCCGAUAGGAUCUUGCCAUUUUUUAUAUUAUAUUCUCGUAUUAUCGACGUUUACGUAAACUCGUCGAUCAAAGAAUAUUCAAGUGAAUUUUAAGUGAAUACGUCAUUAUGGAAGGAAUUUGACCGACGCCAGCUUCGCGUCUUUUUCGAUCUUUCUUUAUUCCUUUCUCUCUCUCUCUCUCUUUCUCUCUCUCUCUCUCUCGUCAGACAAGAGAGAGAAGAGAGUCGAGGAUUGUAAAAGAUCGUUGGCUGAACUUUAUCUGAGAAGAAGAUUGAAACAAAAAUGUGUUAGGCAGAUCGGUGAUAAUAAUUUGAACGUAUCGACGAGCUUAGAAAGAGAGUAUCUUUCUCUCUUUCUCUCUCUUCCUAUUUCUCUAUUUCUAUCUCUAUCUCUCUCUCUCUCUCUCUCUCUCUCCUUUCUCUCUCUCUCUCUCCCUCCCUCCUUCUCGAAAAGACAUUUUUUCGAGGGAGGGGAAGAAAAUAGUACCGAUAAGAGGAGAAAGUAAAGAGAUUAGAAGGUGAAGAAGGAGAGAAGAGGAAGAGGAGAAGGAGGGGAGGAAAAACGUUCGAGUGAUAUUAGGACGUGGAUGCUGUGGCCCGUGUUGGGGGAUGACGGGCUAAGCCCAACGUCGCCCCCGCCGGCGGCCAGCGUUAAGGGCGUCAACAAACUGGCACCCUUUCUUCUUUGCGCACCCUGCAAGCCGAGCCAAAGGAAGAACCAAAAUUCCACGCAGUGGUACGUGCAGCAGCCCACGUGGCGCUUAUGGGGCGAGGAAAGGGGCGAUGGCGUCAUAUACACCGUCUACUUGAAGAAAGUUCGUUAUCACAGACCUACGAGAAGCCUUUCCGCAUCAGAUUCGGACGACGAGAUCUCGCAUUUAGAAUGGGAGACCGUAAGAGUACGUUUCUUAAAAGCGGGUACCGUUCAACGUCUCGUAGAGAGCUUAGCCAACGACGAUGGAGAACUCGAGUCGACCUACAUCAAUGUCUUCCUUGCGACAUAUCGUGCUUUUACCACACCGCGAGAAGUCCUCGAACUGCUUCUCGCCAGGUACGAUGCGCUCGACGAAAAUACAGGCGCCCUCACCGGUGAACAACAUCGUAAAACCCUUAUUCAGGCGCUUCAUGUUUGGCUCGACGCCUAUCCCGGUGAUUGGAAGACACCACCGAAUCAUCCGCUACUCGCUAGGCUUCUCGAUUUUGCUCAUCGACGCUUACCUGGCUCGGAACUCGAGCUCAAGGCUAGGCAUCGUUUGCAUAGAUUCCAACGUGAGGAUCAAAUUGACUGCGUGGUGUACGACAAUAGCCGAGUUCAUGGUAGUUCGGAUUCGAACGGUGAUCAAUGGACCAGCUAUACGUUCCCCGAAGUUCCUCAACGACAUUUCGCCGAGCAAUUGACUCGCAUGGAUGCCGAAGUAUUCAAGAAACUCGUGGCGCAUCAAUGUUUAGGCGCAGUUUGGUCUAGAAGAGAUCGUUCGAGGAAUCACGAGGCAGCUACGGUCUUGGCAACGGUCAAUCAGUUCAACGCAGUAUCCUUACGCGUAAUAUCGACUAUUUUGACAGAACCGACAAUGAAGUCGCAAGACCGUGCGAGAAUUCUCGAGGCCUGGAUCGACAUCGCGCAGGAAUUAAGAGUUCUCAAGAAUUUCAGUAGCUUGAAGGCUAUAGUUUCCGGUUUACAAAGUAAUCCGGUUUACAGGCUGGAAAAAUGUUGGCAGUCUAUGCCAAGAGAAAAGCACGAAUUGUUUCGAGAACUCGAAAGAAUUUUCUCCGAAGAGAACAACGCUUGGACGCAGCGAGAAUUGUUGAUCAAGGAAGGGACAGCUAAAUUCGCUGACACCGCCGGUAGAAGCGACAGACAUCUUCAAAAAUUAUUUCAGAAGCAAAAUACUCACGCUGGAAAUAUCAGUUACGGCACGAUACCGUACUUGGGCACGUUCCUGACGGAUCUCACGAUGAUCGACACCGCCAUCCCCGAUACGAUAGCGGACGGUCUGAUCAAUUUCGAUAAGAGACGGAAGGAGUUUGAGGUACUCGCCAGAAUAAGACUGCUUCAAGGUGCUGCGAAUGCAUACAACUUUAGUACGGAUCCAUUGUUCGAUCGUUGGUUCCAUUCCGUGGUGGUGUUGGAUGAUCGAGAGGCGUAUAAAUUGAGCUGUCAAAUCGAACCUCCACCACCCGGUAACACCUUAAAUAGUCGGGGCAAGAAGAAGCAGAGUCAUCAGGGUCAUCGGAAGAACGACUCGAUAGCCUCUACGUCGAGCUCUAGCAGUUCGCAAUUCUAUUGCGAUCUCGAUUCUCUACCUAGUUCGCCGCACAAUUCGUUGGACCGUCGUACAUCGCCGUCGCAAAUGUCAAGCUCCUCUUCGAGUUCUUCUCUACCCUCCUUGGACGUGUCCUUGAGCUCGGGCGGAGGUGGCGGGGGAGCGAUCGCUGCCAAUCGUUUGGCUCCACCCAGCGGGACUUCUUUUACAGCGAAUGGAAGUACUCCGAACUUGGUCUCCAGUCCGAGUCAUUCGCACAAGAAUUCACCAGACUUUUACAUUAUUAAGGUUACCAUGGAAAGCGAGAACGUAGAAACGGACGGUGUGGUGCUUUACAAAUCGAUCAUGUUAUCCAACAACGAGAGGACUCCCCAAGUAAUACGUAACGCUAUGCUCAAAUUAGGGAUCGAGGGUAGUCCCGAUCAAUAUACUCUCGCUCAAGUUUUACCCGAUCGAGAAAUGGUUCUACCACAUUCGGCUAACGUUUAUUAUGCCGUAAACACCGCACACAAUCUUAAUUUCAUUCUACGACCUAAAAGGGACGUCAAUGAUUCUGCCACGGACAGUCCGAAAAGUAAAACCAGUCACAAUCACAAACGGUAGUGUUGGCUACACGAGGAUCUUAUCCUCGGUCUAUCCUCGAAACUUUCGGUGCGGCACGAUCGUCUAUCGCGAUUCGAAUGCGAUCACGAAGGAUAGGGGAAAAAAAGAAAUAACUAAAAUAGAGAAAACAUUCCUUUUCAUUUUUUUUUUAUUUCUAUUUUUUCUUUUCUUUUCUUUUUUUUUUCUAUUUCUCGAAUCAAUCCUGCGACACUCUCGAUUAUAUUCUUUCGAAGGAAAGAAGUUUCGUUUGCAUCGAAUAUCCGAUAUUGAAUCUCAUCGCGCUCUGCCAUUCGGUGCGUUUCUCUAUUUACUUGUUUACUUUUUGUUUUUCUUUUCCCUUUGUUCUUUUUUCUCUGUUCUUUUUUUUUUUAGAACCAUGACAGAGCUGUUACUUCGUACAUCGAUUCGUAAAUCGUUCGAUCGAACGGUCGCGAUGCAUUUAAUUUAUAAGAUACGUCAUUUUUAUUCUUCUUCCAUUGCAACGUAACGACGGACUAAUUAAUUAAGUGUUAGCAAAAUAAAGAAAAAAGAGAAAUCGUUUAGCAUGGAUAGGUUUUUAUCUAUCGUAUAGAGAUUGUUUAGUCUUGAAAGAAAUGUAGAUGAAGGAUUGGUAUAAUAUUACAAUGUAAUAUCGAACGCGAUACGUAUAUUUACAAACGUUUGCGUUAUAUACGCUACACACACAUACGCACACACGUUCAUUCUUUCACACACACACUCACAUACGCAUACACAUUUAUAUUUACCUAGCGGUUAUAUUGAGAUUAUAAGGAGAAACAAUUUGCCGAAAAUAGAGAAGCAGAAGAAGAAGAAGAAGAAGAAGAAGAAGAAGAAGAAGAGAAGGGUCCGCAUUGGAAAGAAAGAGUAUUAUUGUGAUCGUUGUAUAUAAAAAUCUCUUAGAGUUCCGUGAAUCGAGUGUUAUUCGUAAAGGAUUGAAUCGGCCAAGUGGACCAAAUUUAGAUCACCCAUUUGAAAGAAAACUAACGGGCAAAUAUUUUGUCAAUUAAUUAUUUUCUUUCGAACGAAACGACAGAAAUACGUCGGUUUAAUAAUUGAGAGAACCUUUCGAAGGGAAGACCAAAACGUAUACAUAGAAAUUUAGUCUCGUUCGAUUGAGUUAUUCGAAGAAAAAAAAAAAAAAAAGGAAAAGGAAAAGAGAAAAAGAAGAAGGAAAAAAAGAAAAAAGAAAACAAAAGUAAUAGAAAAAAGAAAUAUACAGAUAAAAAUGGUCAAACGAAUUCUGUGAUAUCGGAGUCGCUUAUUCUGGCCUCGAGAAAUAGGAUAGAUCAUCGACGAUCGGGUCCAGUUUCGAUGCGAAAUCAAUACAUUUUUUACUUUCAUUCUCAUAUCACGAAUAAAUAAAUAAAUAAAUUAAUUAAUUAAAUGAAUAAACAAAUAAAUGAAUGAAUGAAUGAAUGAAUGAACGAACGGACUAACACAAAUCGGCAAGGAAUGAAUUAUUAUCGUUCGAUUUUAUUUCAAUCGGCAGAAUGUUGAUAUAUUUUUGACAUGCAAUAUAUACGUACACAUGUAAGAAAGAAGCACCGAAUAACAGCGAGGGAAGAAAAAAAGAAGAAGAAGAAAAAGAUAAAAGAGGAGACUGUCGUGGGGCGAUUUUUCGCACAAUAAUAACAAUAAUCGAUCGAGCUUCGUUUUUGAUCUAACUACGUGGAUGUUUUUCUUUUUUCCUUUUUUCUUUUCAUGUUGUUUUUUUUUCUUCUUUUCUUUUUGUUUAUUUUUUUGUUUGUUUUCUCUUGUUUUUUCUUUCUUUCUUUUCUUUUUUUUUUUUAAACUAGGUUUAGGCAAUUUUGUACUUAUCUUAGUCGAACUCUCUCCCUUCGUUGGAUGUUAGCUAGUUAUUAAUUAUAAUAUUAUACGUGUAUACACCUAUCCGUUAAUUGAUUGAAGUCGCGUCGUGCAAAAUGGAUGUAUAAUGUGAAUCGAUAACGAAAACGAAAAUAGAUGGCCUAAACUUUU